CUCCUCUGUCUCUAAUGAUGGAGGGAUUUGAACUGUGCUUUCCACAGCUCAACUCCUCCUGCAGGAAGCCAAUGCGUUCUCACUCUGACACUGUGCUUAUUUACAUCGGGCUGUCCUUCAUCGCUCUGCUCACUGUGACUCUCAACUUGCUGGUCAUUAUCUCCAUCUCCCACUUCAGGCAGCUCCAAACCCCCACCAACCUCCUCCUCCUCUCUCUAGCUGUCUCAGAUUUCUUUGUGGGUCUCCUCGUGUUUUUUCAAAUUAUACUCAUAAACGGCUGCUGGUUCCUCAGUGACUUCAUGUGUGUUGUGUAUUUGGAUCUUUCAUACAUUAUUACCUCUGCAUCAGUAGGAAACAUGAUGCUCAUAUCAGUUGACCGAUAUGUGGCUAUUUGUGAUCCUCUGCAUUACUCAAACACCGUCACUGUGAGAAGAGUUACAAUCUGUAUUUGCCUUUGUUGGAUCUGUUCUGUUCUAUACAACAGUCUCAUAUUGAAGGAUAACUUGAAACAUCCAGGCAUGUAUAAUUCCUGCUCAGGAGAGUGUGUGGUUGUCAUUAGUUAUAUUGCAGGAGUGGCUGACCUUAUUUUUACAUUUACUGUUCCUGUCACUGUCAUCAUAGUUCUGUAUAUGAGAGUGUUUGUGGUGGCUGUGUCUCAGGCUCGUGCCAUGCGCUCUCAUAUUGCAGCUGUCACACUUCAGGGUUCAUUCAAAGUAACUGCUAAGAAAUCUGAAAUGAAAGCAGCCAGGACUCUCGGCGUUGUUGUUGUUGUGUUUCUAAUGUGUCUCUGCCCAUAUUACUGUAUCGUCCUUACAGGCCAGGAUAACUUGGUCAAUGCUUCAUCUGCUGUCUUAGUGAUAUGUCUUUCAUAUUUCAACUCCUGUUUAAACCCUGUGAUCUAUGCCUUUUUCUAUCCCUGGUUUAGAAAAUCUAUGAAAGUUAUUGUUACUCUUCAAAUACUGAAUCCUGGCUCCUGUGAAACUAACAUGCUGUAA